ACAGGUUUCAUUUCCUUUGUGCUAGAUUAACAGCAGAGUCUCAUGACUAAAUAAAAUGUAUAUGGACGCGUCUCUGCUCGCGGCCAGGCGCUUUUACUCUCCCAGGCUAUCACAUGUCACUCCCGUGUUAGGCGCUCCUGGGAAGUCGAUCGUACUUCCUGCCCCCGGUGGAGCCCACAGUAUCCAUCCAGCGCAGGGCUUGUCCCAGCUGAGGUAUGCGGGGAGCUGGAAGCAGACACAGGGGCCGAGAGUCGGAGCUGCGUGACCGCCCGCUUUAAGAACAAGCAGCGCUCGCCUCGCCCAAGCGCAUAAGCUCCGGUCGCUUUGGUAAGGCACCGAGACGUAAAGGGGCGGACAUCUUAGACCGAUCGCUAACUUUGCCACAUAGGUGACCAGAUUGGGUGGUAAUGAGCACGGGAAGCUCACGGUCCUGCUCGUCCGUGAUGCCAGCAGCUCGGGAGCGCGCAUUCAGCUCCGGCCGGUGACGGAUCUCGCAGCUGUUUUCUUAAACUUUUAAAACAGUGGAGGAGACGACGGGGAGGAAAAAGACGCCAAGAUGAAGAAGCAGUUCAACCGGAUGAAGCAGCUCGCCAACCAGACGGUGGGAAGAGCCGAGAAAACAGAAGUCCUCAGCGAUGACCUCCUCCAGAUUGAGCGGCGCAUGGACAUCGUGCGGCUGGUGUCCCACAACACGCACAAGCGCAUGGUCACGUGCCUCCAGGGCCACAUCGGGACGGAUGCAGAGAAGCGGCAGAAAAAGCUCCCACAGACAGCACUCUCUCAGGCCAUGCUGGACGGGGCCGGGCAGUUGGGCGACGAGUCUCUCAUUGGCAAAACGAUGGAGCUCUGCGGGGACGUGGAGAACAGGCUGGCGUCAGAGCUGAUGCAGCACGAGGUGCAGAUAGAGAGGGAGGUGAUGGACCCCCUGAACCAGCUGGCUGAGGUGGAGAUCCCCAACAUCUUAAAGCAGAGGAAACAGCUGGCCAAACUGGUGCUGGAUUACGACUCUGCAAGAGCCAGGUGGCUGCAGCAGAACAAGUCGAUGGUGUCCACCACAAACAGCUCGGGCCUGACCGCUAAGGUGGAGGCCAUCAAGGAGGAGGUAGACGAGGCUAUGAACAAAGUGGAGAUCUGCAAGGACCAGUUGGCUGCUGAUAUGUAUACCUUCUCCUACAAGGAGGGAGACUACGCCCGCUAUUACGUCACGUUGCUGGAGGCGCAGGCUGAUUUCCACCGGAGGGCCCUGUCUCUGCUGGACCAGGUGCUGCCAAACAUACGGGCACAGCAAGACUCAUGGACAGAGAAGCCGGCCUUUGGGACAUCGUUGAGCGAGCACUUGAAGCGCAGUGGAAGGGAGAUCGCUCUGCCCAUAGAGGCGUGCGUCAUGAUGCUGCUGGAGACGGGCAUGAAGGAGGAGGGCCUGUUCCGCAUCGCGGCUGGAGCUUCCAAGCUGAAGAAGCUGAAGGCGGCUCUGGACUGUUCCACCUCACAGUUGGAGGAGUUCUACUCCGACCCCCACGCUGUCGCUGGUGCUCUUAAGUCCUACCUGAGGGAGCUACCAGAACCUCUCAUGACUUUCGAGUUGUAUGAGGAGUGGAUACAAGCUUCCAACAUGUCCGACCCAGACAAGAGACUCCAGGCACUGUGGGUAACAUGUGACAGCUUGCCGAAGCACAACAAAGCCAACUUCAGGUAUCUGGUGAAGUUCUUAGCCAGGCUGGCACAGGAAAGCGAGGUCAACAAGAUGACGCCAAGCAACAUCGCCAUCGUGCUGGGACCCAACCUUCUGUGGGCCAAAACUGAGGGGAGCCUGGCGGAGAUGGCCGCUGCCACCUCGGUGCACGUGAUGACCAUCAUUGAGCCCAUCAUCCAGCAUGCUGAUUGGUUCUUCCCAGACGAGGUGGACUUCAACGUGUCAGGCAUGUUCGUCAUGCCCAGUUCCACAACCGUCUCGACCAGCUUUCUGACCCCCACGGAUAUGGAUUUCGGGACCACAGACAAGAAGAGGCCCAUCAGCAUGGCUGUCCUGGACUCUGAUAGUCCACGCAGAGACAGCUUAGUUAACAAACUAUUGGACCACACCCCACGUAGAGCCAACACUUAUAAAAAGCCCCUUGCCUCGCCUGCCUUUCAACCCCCCCUGCCCCCAACAGAGGGCACUGGGGUGGCACUAACACAUGCUCAGGUUCAGCCAAUGGGCUCAGGCCAGGAAGUGUUGUCGUCAGAGUCCGCACAAGGGGCGGAGACAGGUGUCGCGUUGCAGGAGCUCCCCACCCAACGCACAGAGGUGGACAGCUCCACAUCCCCUGUCCAGAAGAACGGGUUCUCUGGUGGCCUGCCACCAAACCCCUAUGGUGCGGGCGGCAGCUCGGGGCCGCUCAGUGUCCCCCAGCCCGGCGCGCGGGCCCCUAGUCCCCUCAUGGUGCGCAAAGGUGUGAAAAAGCCUGCCCCUGCCCCACCCAAACCGACCAAUCCCCCUCCGGGACAGGCCAGCAGCCAGCCAAUAGCAUCCUCAUCAGCGGCACAGCCGUCUGCCCCAUUGGCCAAGCCAAUUCCCAGCUCUUCCCCAUCGGGACAGAGUCUAACCCCGCCGUCUAGCAUGGCUCGCCGCCACUCGACCAAUCAGCUCCCCAUCCAGGCCCCCAGUCACCCGCCCCCUCAGCCUCCCAUGCAGGUCACACCCCCCCUCCAGCCCAAAGCUGCCACCACCACCCCAGGGACGGGCGAAUCCAGCGCGGACCCCUCCCCCCCCAGCACGCCGACACCCCCUGACACUCCGCCGCCCGACACUUGGCUCCCCGACAUCUCCUGUGCUCCACCCGCUUCACCCAGCUACCAGUCUGGCUCCCUGCCCCGCCCCCGGCCCGUGCCUAAGCCCCGCCAUCGGCCUAGCGUGCCCCCUCCCCCACAGCCAGCCACCCAUGGCAGCGAUGGCACCAACGGCGUGUGCCGCAGCACCUCCAAGAUCUCCUCAGAGACACUUCCUGAGGAGUCACCAGACGGCACUCAGGUGCUGAAGGGUCUCAGCCGCACGCUGGAAUUCACUGUGGAGCCCCCAGCAGUCGGCCCCGAGCUCGAGUCGGAGAGCACCGCCCUCUGAGCUGGAGGCCGUGCCCCUCCCAACACACCCUGCCCACUUUCCACAUCUCAGUUGGCCAAAGACCCCUCCCCCCUUAUCUCAUUUAAAACAUCCUCACUCCAGUGCACUCCUUACGCACCCUGCCGGGCACCAACGAACUCUUGCACCUUCAGGUGUGUGCCUGCUGGAACAGUGACUAGGACGUGGAGUAGAUGACCAAAGACCCUUAGAUAAGCAUUUCACUUGGGGACACUUUUCUCUCCGUCUGGAAACAGCUGAACGUGACAGUUCCCCUGAGUGGACGAGUUCACUCAUAGGUGAUGGGGCUUCUGUAUUCGGAUGGAGAAUCUUUCUCUUCUGGCUUAAUAUUGUGCAAAAGGUGUUUCUGGUGGUAUAUGGAAUGUGUUUUUUUUCCAAGGAAAAUGUGUAUUUUUUUGUGUAGCUGUUACUUUACAAGUGCAUCUGGGCGGCGGGGGGAAUGACGCAUACCAAAGUGAAAGCCGCCGGUGUGCCGAGACGGGUCACCGCAGCUGUCUCCGGGAGACCCGUGCCGCCCCCCGGACAUAGCCCCCAGAGCACACCCCCCUCUCUAUUUAUUUACAUGCACAUUCCAGCCAUACCUCUGCAUUUCUGCCGUGGAAGCGGACACCAGAUCAGGAAGCGACUUACGGACCCUUCCGGCGUAAAAGGAGCGGCGUGGGAUGGCCCGGUUCCUCCUGGACGUCUGCGCAGCUUUGGCGGCGCACGGGGCCCAUCAUAAGGACGAUGGAAGACCUCAUUUCAGCGUGCCACCUUACUUUCCGGAACGGGCCGCAAGUUUCUUAAGAAUAGUGUCUUAUCACCAAAGAUGCGGUAUAAUUCUGAAUGAGUUAAAAAUACACUUUGAGCACUGUGGGUGAUUUCGGUUUUCCUCAAUGUGAUUCUUCGAUUUCCCCCCCACCCCACAAGGCAGAGCGUUCUGACUCUCUACCCACUGUGUUUUAUAAGCUACCCCCCCCCCACUCUGCAUUUAGCCUCCCCUCAUUCCCGUAAGAUGGCCGUCGCACUGUCAAAAGCACCGACGCGCAGCUGCUGUCCCACACAGGGUUCACGCUGUGAAAUGGUACAGCCUCUGCCCCUCCCCUGUCCCCCAAAUCUCCCCCCCCCCCCCGAAAUGAACUUCUCGCGUUUCACUGCGUUGCCUUAGUCACACCAGAAAAUUCGUUUUUUUAUUUUUAAUAAAAGCCUCUGAAACUCAAA